AUGAACAGAGAUCUUCAGAGGCUCUACGCGUCCACACCCGCGCCCGAGGCGAACGACGCGAACGGAGGCGAGGAAAAGGCCGCGUUCGCGCCGCCACACGUCGUCGCCGCCGCGGCGCAGCGCGCGCUCGCGGCGGAGGGUAAGGCUGGCGGCGGAGCUCCUUCCGGCGGCUCCGGCGCUCACCCCGCCGCGCCGGCGAGCAGGAGGGAGGAGAGCGCGGACGCGGCGGCGGCCACUCACGUCGCGGCCAUCGCGCUCGCCCGCGCCAGGCGCCUGCAGGAGGCGGAGCGCGGCAACAGGCGCAACAGGAGGGACAACAGGCGGGUGAACAACAAGAAGAACAGGCGGAACAAGUCGGAGUUUGGCGACGACUUUUUGGAGGACUACCUCCCCGGAGGGAGCAAGUACAAGCCCGGCGGCGUCGGCAACGGCCCGGGGGAUCCCUUCGGCCCGGGGGGCGGCGACGGCGUGAACACCUUCCAGCCCGUCCCUCCGCGGGACGUCACGCUCGCGGACCUCGGCGGCAUCGAGGAAUCCCUGAGGGCGAUUCGCGAGCUCAUCCUGUGCCCGCUGACGCACCCCGAACUCUACUCGUGGCUCGGCGUUGACCCCCCCCGCGGCGUUUUGCUGCACGGUCCCCCGGGCUGCGGCAAGACCACCCUCGCGCACGCCAUCGCCAGGGAGGCCGGGGUGCCCUUCUUCUCCAUCGCCGCCCCGGAGAUUGUCGCGGGCGUCUCGGGCGAGUCCGAGGCUAAGAUCCGGCAGCUCUUCGCGGCGGCGGCGGCGGCGGCGCCGUCAAUCGUCUUCAUCGACGAGGUCGACGCCAUCGUCCCCAAACGCGAGAGCGCCGGGCGGCAGAUGGAGAGCAGGAUCGUGGCGCAGCUGCUCGCGUCGAUGGAUAAUCUCAACGACGGGGUUGUGCGGGGUCACGUCACCGUCAUCGGAGCCACCAACCGACCGGACGGCAUGGACGCCGCGCUGCGCCGCGCGGGCCGGUUCGAUCGCGAGAUCAUGCUGGGGAUCCCCGACGAGGGCGCGCGGGCGAGGAUACUGGCCGUUCAGGCUAAGAAGCUGCGUUUAGCCGGCGGGUUGGACCUGGCGGAGAUUGCGAAAAAGACGCCAGGGUACGUCGGAGCCGAUCUGAGCGCCCUGGCGAAGGAGGCUGCCGCCUCCGCGGUGGCUCGCAUCUUCCAGCAACUCUCCGGCGAGGAGAGCCAGAGCGUGGUGGAAAAGGAAAACGUGGGUCCAGUUGAGAUUGGUCCCGAGGAGACGCUGAUGGGGUCGGGUCGACUGGCGGAUCGGCGACCGUUCGACGCCUCCGAACUGGCGAACCUCUCCAUAACCAUCGAGGACUUUGCGCUCGCGCUGACCAAGGUGCAGCCCUCGGCGCAGCGCGAGGGGUUCACCACGACGCCGGAGGUGACCUGGGAGGACGUCGGGUCCCUGACGGAGGUUCGCGAGGAGCUCAAAUUUUCCGUGUGCGAGCCCAUAGCGCACCCGGCGCGGUUUCACGCUAUGGGCCUGGCUGUGUCCACGGGCGUCUUGCUCUACGGUCCCCCGGGCUGCGGCAAGACGUUGGUGGCCAAGGCCACGGCGAACGAGGCCAACGCCAACUUCAUCAGCAUCAAGGGACCCGAGCUGCUGAACAAGUACGUGGGCGAGUCGGAGCGCGCGGUUCGAACGCUGUUCGCCAGGGCGAGAGCCGCGUCGCCCUGCGUUUUGUUCUUCGACGAGCUCGACUCGCUCGCGCCCCGGCGCGGGAACGAGGGGAACCAGGCGUCCGAACGCGUCGUGAACCAGCUGCUGACCGAGAUGGACGGACUGGAGGCUCGCUCGUCCACGUUCGUCGUCGCCGCCACGAACAGGCCGGACAUGAUCGAUUCGGCGAUGCUCCGGCCGGGGCGGCUCGACAAGCUCCUCUACGUGCCGCUGCCCCCGCCGGAUGGCCGCGCCGCCAUCCUCAAGACGCUCACGCGGAAGACGCCGCUGGCCGCCGACGUGGACGUGGGCUCGAUAGGCACGUCGGCGAGAUGCGGCGGGUUCUCGGGCGCGGACCUGGCCAGCCUGGUGCGCGAGGCGUGCGUCGCGGCGCUCAAGGGUAACCUCGCGGCCGCGACGGCGGCGGAUGCGGAACGGGAGAAGAUUAGAAAGGCGGGCGCCGCCGCGGGCGCGCUCCCGGCGCCGCCCGCGCCGCCCGAGGUGACCCUGGAGCACUUCGAGCAGGCGUUCGAGCGCGUGCAGCCGUCGGUGAGCGUCGCGGAUCAGAAGCGGUACGACGAGCUCCGGCGCAAGUUGCGAAGAGACGUGGGCGCGCUCAAGCCCAAGGAUGAGCGCCCGAUCGAUGCCGGGACGGAGAGCGACAUGGGCGGAGGCGCGAUGGAGGAAUCGGGGCGCGCGACGCCGUCCCUGUACGCGGGAGCUCCAGGGGGAGGCUCGGGGAAGAAGCGGAAGAUGUGA